UCAAGUAACGUGUCGGCUCAAGUAACGUGUACACACAUACUUGUCCCCGAUACCGUACCUCGGGCUUAGACUGGCCGAUCGCGGAAGUUGCUGGCGCGAGCCGGCGGCGGAAGCGUGACGAGCCUGGGACGCCCGGGGUUUUUCUUCACUGCCUCGAGUGGUGCUCGCAAGUCUUGGUUCUUUCAGAUCUGCCUUGAGUGGAUUGCAUUUUGAUCAAUUUGCUGUGUAUCAUUGUUGUGAUAUCUCAGGUGUUCUCACACAUCUCCCCUCAGUGGUUCGCCAUAUACCUACCUUUCGUGAUCUUGUUGUGCCAGAUGCCUCAUGUGCGGAGUCUCGCAUCCAGGUGUAGACGUCGGGCUCGGGCUUGCCAACUUCGCUGGGUUCGACAGGAUUGUCCUCUUCCGUUGGUGCUCGAUGGCCUAGUCGCCCGUGACACGGUAUUGCAUGAAGAGUUGGAUACUAAGGCUAAUGAGCGUGACACGGUAUUGCAUGAAGAGUUGGAUACUAAGGCUAAUGAGUUGUUGACUGCAUUACUCCAUCCCUCCGAUAGCUGCGCAAUAGUUGAUUCAGUUGUAGCUCCCGACACGUCUCCUUCUAGGAGUGUUCGGGUCGAGGAUUGUGUUCCAGAGGUCCGCUACGCGUCUUCAAUGGAGGAUGGGACCCAGGUUGACUGCCCAAGGAAGCUUUCAGUUCGUACGAGAGUUGCUUCAGUUUCAGUCCAUGGAAGUGGCAUCGUUGCCAGUGGUAUGGAGUCGAGGGCGCUUGGAUGGUGGAAAUCUCGACAGAGUAUUGCUGGGGAGUGGCUCGGUACUGCAUCUGUCUCGCGUUCGCUUUCUUCCCCAUCGCGUGAUGUUCAGAGUUCUUCUUAUGGGAGUGAUGAUAAUGUUCCUGCGGUCCGCUACACACCUUCAUAUGACCCUAUCGCCGAAAAUGAGCGUGAAGUGUACGAUUCAAGUUCUGAUGAUGUCGACGCCAUGGACGAUUGGCAAAUUGGCGAGAGAUACGCGGCUGAGAUCAAAGACGUUUUGGCUCAUAUCGAGGUCUCUGUGGAAGUUCUAGGUAAUGAUGUUCUUCGGGAUAAACAUCUUGCCACUCAGCUGGAGAUAGAUAAGACUGGUGAAUAUCUUGCCAUUGGAACUCGAGGUAUGGAAGCUCACGAUCUGCUGGAUGAGCUUUAUAGGCUGCAUAAGGCGAAGGAUGAUCGUUGGCAUGGGUUUAUUUCACGGCUAAGGGAUGAUGAAUUCUUGACAAAGGCCGAGCGGCAAAACUGCGUGAGUAAUCUGUUGAUGGUCCAUGAUUUGAAGUUGGAAGACAUUCGGGAACACAUUAAGACAGGGACGGAGUUUGAGUAUGGACGCGAGAAAGAAAUAGAGGAAUUGAGCUUGUGUAUGGAUGCGUGGAAAGAUUUUCUUAUGAGUAUGUCUGGCUCCUUCUAGUCCCCUCCAUUGUGUGAUAACUUGUCAUGUCUUGAACUUGGUCUUGGGCGUGCCGUGUUUCGUUGAGUGGUCUCCCCUUCGUGUCACAACGCGACGCCCGCGGAUCCUUUCAGAGUGUAUGACAGUGUUUUGAAUUCUCUGCAGUUUCAGAAUAUACAACAUCUCUGACCACAACUGUUACUGAUACAGAACUCAGUGCUUUGGAGUGCAUCGUGACUGCACUCCCACAGGUAGUUCUAUGGUUAUCACAGACUUGAUUGUUGCAGUUUUCUUAAUUCAUUGCUGCUUCCUCAUACUAUUAUAUACUCAGCUUCGCUGGGACUUCUCUCUUUUCUUUUGCAUGUUUAGUUGACUGCACUUUGAUUCAUUUCUGUGUGCGUUUGCUCGUUCGCUCAUAUUUGUGAUUGAUGAUUCAUCGCAGCUUCGCUGCUCUGGGUUGUCUUGACUUUAGGUUCGAAUAAGAGCUUUCGCUUCCUGAUGACACCUGACCUCGUGCUUGCUCGUGGCCCUAGGGCCAGUAGGAGCCUCGCAAAGCCGCAAAAAGAAAGGGUGACGGUUUACCGCCGGCGCCCAGUUGGUCGACCCGGCCCGGACGGACAAUGUGAUGACUUUCGGUCGGUUUUGCUGAGGUUUGAAAGAUAUUUGACCAUUUACUUUAAGAAACCAGAUUUUUGCCUCUUACACCAUUCUCUAACCUGUUCCAACACCUUUGCAUUCUCACAUGUUGUGCUGCAUCCUUUUCCUUGUUCCUGCAUCCUAUUCCGAUGCCUAUGCCUCAGUGGCUCGGCAGUGUGAUGAUAAGAGGUGCCUUCUCUAGCUACCCUGUGCUCCGUUUGGGAGUCUUAGGGCUCAGCUGUCACAGCUGUCCGCGCCCUGACUCAAACUCA